GCGACACGGUCAGUCUAAAUCAGACUUUGACGCCUCAGCCGCCAUUCGUCGAAAAAGUGAAAUCCUUAAAAAGCGCGCAUUAAACGGAGUUAAUACCCGACCAAAAAGCUGAAUAAAAUCCAGGGCUUACUAAGUGAAUAAAAGGCACAGAGCACAAGGCUUAAGCAGAGGGUUUGAAGGGUUAAGAAACACCGGCAUUUCUCCAAGCGGCAAGCAAUUGCAUCAGUGUGCGGUUGUCCCAGAAAAAGGAAGCUUACAUUUCAGGUUGCCAACCUUCGAAAGGUGCUAAAUAAGAGGGCGUGAAGUUCGCGACUUGGCUGCCGUCCACUCACCCACACACACACACACUCCCGAGCAUAUAUACACACGCAAGCCGCUUCUACUAACUGAAGAGAAGAGCGGUGAGGAGAGGGGAAGAAAACACACACAGAAAGCGGAAGUAAACAGGAAGAAGAAAGCCAUGGCCGAGCCAAGGACGCCCGAGAAGCUGCUGACCGCCAAGCCGCCGGUGUUCCACCACAACAGCCACAGUCCCAAUGCCUCGCUGCAGCUGCCCAGUCCCAUCAUCACGAGGCGCACUCGCACGGCCUCGACCUCCGCUCGGGCCUUGGAAAAUCCGGUUGUGACCGGCGUUGUGAAAUCCUUCAGCCGCACCAAAGGACACGGCUUCAUUACACCCCACGCCGGCGGAGAGGACGUUUUCUGCCAUGUUUCCGACAUCGAGGGCGAGUAUGUGCCCAUGCCCGGGGACGAGGUCAAAUACCGCCUGUGCGCCAUUCCGCCCAAGUACGAGAAACACCAGGCGGUGCACGUGCAGAUUAGCAACCUGACGCCCGAGGUGCACCACAAGUGGGAGGAGCCCUUCUUCGGCGGCUCCUCGCCCGCCAAGUAAUUCUCCAGGCUGGGAGGCCCAGGAUGCGGAGUCAGGGAGCGGCAAAGUGAGCACUUAAAAGCUGAACGGCCUUCCAGGAAAUUUAAUUGAGCUGAAGCACGCCACCCGAGAUGAGCGAAAUGGAAAACCCGAGCAGAACCAGAACAAUAACCAUGAAAGUAACUGAAACCGUAGCCAGCGCAGAAGCAGCCAGGAAAAAGCCCCAAACCAGACCAGAUCGAACGUAAUAGAAUAGAGCAACAGGCCUGCCUGCCUGCCAUCCAGCCAGCAAGCCUGCCAGCGAGCAGCAUCACCAGAGUUUCAAUUGAACACUUAAUUAGAAUUUAAGCUAAGCUAUGAAAGUCAAAACACAGUCACAAAAGCGUUGCCUUUGCCUCUGCAAGAGGCGAGGGCAACCGAAACCAGUUUCGAGUAUAUUAUUGAAAACGUAUGUAUUUUGGAAAUGGAAAUUGUUGUUCGAGAAGCCACUGUAUCAGUAAUUACUUUUAAUUAUAUCGAAACAUCUGAAUGUGUUCGCCAAGCAAACAAGCAAAAUGCUCUCAGUAAUUCACUUUAUUAUUAAAACGAAAGCUGCAAAAACAA